AUUACUAGUAGUUUAUGUCACGUGACCCGAAAACUCCGUAAUCCCAACCGCUCCUUCCGAGCGCGCCUGGAUAGCAAGAAUCAAGCGAUUAUUACGACUUCAAUGUUGACCUAAAACGUCAUCUCAACAGGUUAUGAGCCCGGCUCCAACAUGAUACCUAAACCCUAUACCAGCAAGCUGUCGGUUCGAUGACACGCCUGAUCAACCUACAAAAAUUAUAACAUGAGGCUACCAGCAAAGACCCGACAGCCAAUCAAAGCGCGCAAAAGCUAUAAAUCAACGAGAACACGCAACCGCGAUACCUCCCAGAAACUGAGUCAUUGCAUUCACUAUAACCGCAGCAGGUCUGAGGGGGCCGCGUUGAGACAUUUGAGUCAUCUCUGCUGCUUGGUGGCCAUCGAUAUAUCGUUUUGGUCUACUUGGCAGAAAUCUGUUUUGACAGAAUCUCUAGUGAAUGAAUUGAAACAGGGAGAAGGCGGUGUUAAAGGCGGUGAAAGUAGUGGUGUUAGCACUUAACUACGUUCUGACGGAGUAUUAACUAGUAGUACUACUUUCUCCGCACUUCGUUCUCAGAUAACACCAAUCACAACUUUCCUCCAUCAAUGUUAUCCUGAGAGUAGUCCACGGUUCAACGAAGCUGCCAUCAUGUCUCCAUCAAAGAAGUGCAAGCGAACUCCCCCCCCUGCUUCUCUCAGACGGUCGGCACGUCUUAAUCUCCGGGAUGCUACCGCCAGUAGCACCAUGCCGCCUCCCCCUCCCCCGCAGAGAGGCUUAUCUAUUCUUUCAACAGAC